CUUUCUCCCUUUCUUACCAUCCGCCACUGCCAGGUCGGCCUUGCAUCCACCUAGACGCUCGGCGAAGAUGGCAUCGUCGUCCUCAUCAGGAGGACCAGGAGGUGACCUUUCCCUCGGAGAUGCCUUCUCCCUCCUCCAUCUCCCGCGUAGCGCAACCUAUGCCGAGAUUCGCAAGUCCUACCGCUCCCUCUCGCUGAAGUACCACCCAGACAAAUGCCGAGACGUCCCUCCCCAAUUAGCGGCAGACCGUUUCGCCUCGCUGCACAAAGCUUAUGAGCUCCUCUCCGACCCUGCAACUCGAGAGAGACUCGCGCGUGAAGCGGAUGAGGAGGAGAAGCGUAGAGAGAGGGUGGGGAAGUUUGAGGAGGAGAGGAAAAGGAUGGUCGGGGAACUCGAAAAGAGAGAAAGGGAAGAGGCUCAGAGGAGAGGAGAGAGGAGAAGGAGAGAAGGGGAAGUUGAGAGGUUGAGAGACGAGGGAAGACGGUUGAGGGAGGAGGAAGCCGCAAGAAGGUCAAGAGAGGAGGAGCAGCAGAGGAAAGGACUGGCAAAGGCAGCAGAGGCUGCGGCAGCGUCGUCAAAGCAAAAUGGCGCUGUCAACGGAGCUACGACGGCUCAGGCUGGUCAGGUAGAUAUAGACAUCAGCGAGCCCUCAAUCGGCCCGCUGGACACGACCGUCCGUCUCCUCUACCCUGCCUCGGUCGGUGCCGACCCAUCCUACGGCACCUCACUUCGGUCAUCCCUGAUCAAAUGUUUCGGGCCCCUCCUUCACUUCAAACAAACAAUGCCACCGACAGCCGAUGACGGCGAUCAAGACAAGAAGCGCAAGCGUCCCUCCGAGGUGGUCUGUCUCGCCACUUUCGAGGACAUGACUGCAGCGCUUCGCCUCGUGGAGACGGGCAGCGAUUUCAGACUUGACGAAGCUCUACGUCAGCAAGCGGCGGUGCGGCAAGGGGAAGACUACUCAGAGGUCUGGGUUGAAUGGGCCUCAGCGAAGGAGGUGCAACAAAGGAGGCGUAGAGAGGCGAAGGCGAGGAAGGCUAAUGGCGAGGCGGAGGCGAAUGACAAGAGCCAGGAGGAAGCUGCUCCGCCAGGCUCCAAGGUCGGAGAGCCGGAGCGUGUCCUCUACUGGCGGAGGAGCCGACCUGACAAGCUUCAGCAGGCACUUCAGGGAACUGCAAGAGAGAGGGCGCCGCCGGUCGCAGCUCAGCCAUCCGCCUCGAAGCCCACUGCCGCGGCUAGCUUCGAGCAGGACGUGCUUAAGAGGGCAAUGGCUGCUUCCGAGGCGAAGAAGAAGGCAGCGGCGACUGCGACGGCUGCCAGUUGAGCCGGGCGCUGGACACGAUCUGUUGUCAUCCAAUACGAUACCCCUCAGUUCACUCAACUGC